CCCACCAGCACCUCCACAACCACCAUGACCACCAGCACCUCUGAGUCCUCCACACCCACCAGCACCUCCACAACCACCAUGACCACCAGCACCUCUGAGUCCUCCACACCCACCAGCACCAGCACCUCCACAACCACCAUGACCACCAGCACCUCUGAGUCCUCCACACCCACCAGCACCUCCACCAGCACCUCUGAGUCCUCCACACCCACCAGCACCUCCACAACCACCAUGACCACCUCCACAACCACCAUGACCACCAGCACCUCUGAGUCCUCCACACCCACCAGCACCUCCACAACCACCAUGACCACCAGCACCUCUGAGUCCUCCACACCCACCAGCACCUCCACAACCACCAUGACCACCAGCACCUCUGAGUCCUCCACACCCACCAGCACCUCCACAACCACCAUGACCACCAGCACCUCUGAGUCCUCCACACCCACCAGCACCUCCACAACCACCAUGACCACCAGCACCUCUGAGUCCUCCACACCCACCAGCACCUCCACAACCACCAUGACCACCAGCACCUCUGAGUCCUCCACACCCACCAGCACCUCCACAACCACCAUGACCACCAGCACCUCUGAGUCCUCCACACCCACCAGCACCUCCACAACCACCAUGACCACCAGCACCUCUGAGUCCUCCACACCCACCAGCACCUCCACAACCACCAUGACCACCAGCACCUCUGAGUCCUCCACACCCACCAGCACCUCCACAACCACCAUGACCACCAGCACCUCUGAGUCCUCCACACCCACCAGCACCUCCACAACCACCAUGACCACCAGCACCUCUGAGUCCUCCACACCCACCAGCACCUCCACAACCACCAUGACCACCAGCACCUCUGAGUCCUCCACACCCACCAGCACCUCCACAACCACCAUGACCACCAGCACCUCUGAGUCCUCCACACCCACCAGCACCUCCACAACCACCAUGACCACCAGCACCUCUGAGUCCUCCACACCCACCAGCACCUCCACAACCACCAUGACCACCAGCACCUCUGAGUCCUCCACACCCACCAGCACCUCCACAACCACCAUGACCACCAGCACCUCUGAGUCCUCCACACCCACCAGCACCUCCACAACCACCAUGACCACCAGCACCUCUGAGUCCUCCACACCCACCAGCACCUCCACAACCACCAUGACCACCAGCACCUCUGAGUCCUCCACACCCACCAGCACCUCCACAACCACCAUGACCACCAGCACCUCUGAGUCCUCCACACCCACCAGCACCUCCACAACCACCAUGACCACCAGCACCUCUGAGUCCUCCACACCCACCAGCACCUCCACAACCACCACCACCAGCACCUCUGAGUCCUCCACACCCACCAGCACCUCCACAACCACCAUGACCACCAGCACCUCUGAGUCCUCCACCUCUGAGUCCUCCACACCCACCAGCACCUCCACAACCACCAUGACCACCAGCACCUCUGAGUCCUCCACACCCACCAGCACCUCCACAACCACCAUGACCACCAGCACCUCUGAGUCCUCCACACCCACCAGCACCUCCUCCACAACCACCAGCACCUUGGGGUCCUCCACACCCACUGAAACCUCUACCACCACCAUGACCACCAGCACAUCCGAGUCCUCCAAACCCACCGAAACUUCCACAAGCACCAUGACCACCAGUACCUCUGAGUCCUCCACACCCUCCGGCAACUUUGAGGCCUCCAAACCUACUGGCACCUCCACAACCACCAUGACCACCAGCACCUCUGAAUUCUCUACACCCACCAGGACCUCCACAACCAUCAUGACCACCAAACCUCUGAGUCCUCCACACCCACGGUCCUCCACACCCACUGAAAUCUCCACAACCACCAUGACCACCAGCACCUCCGAGCCCUCCACACCCACCAGGACCUCCACAACCACCAUGACCACCAGCACCUCUGAGUCCUCC